CGUCAGUGGUGAACCUGUACUGGUGCGUGGACGUGUGCAGUGCGCGUCAGGCGGUUCCCGGAUGCACCAAACAGAAACAUGGAGCGGGUGGUGGUGGAGGUGCCGAUCGACAACGGUUUUUCCCUCGCCGGCCCUUCCACAACCCCACGAAAGCGUCAGGUGCGUUUUUCGGCACGGCAUGACAUCAUCCUCCUGCGGGAGGUCAUCGCCCAGAACCCCUUUGCCUCAAAAGAACCCGGAAGGAUCUGGGCCCGUGUGGGGGAAAUUAUCACCGGUGUCCUUCAAGAUGAAAACUUUGAGGUGGACGCCAGGAGGUGUCGGGAGAGGACCAUGCUGCUGCUAGACUACUACAAGAAGCAGGAUUUCCCCAGCCUGCGCAGGUUUGGAACAGAGAGGCUGUAUGCCCAGAAGGAGGAUCUGCUCCAUGAGGUUUUGGAGCUGGAGGCUGAGAAGGGGCUGCACACCAGUGGCCACGAAACAAAGUACCAGGAUGAUGAGAUGAGGAAGCAAGCCAUUGAAGAAUUAACUCUCCCCGAGCCGGACAAACCCAACAUCCACAUCGCACAGUCACCCGCUGCAGAUCAUUAUCGAGAAGAAAUCCCUGAUCUGUCAGCGGCGCCCACGGCCAAGCGCCCGUGCCAGUGCUGCUGCCAGACCUACUCUGAGAUCCUCAGCUUCCUGGAGAAACGCUCAGAGGCGGAGCAACGCCUGCGAGAGGAGGAGGUCGCCCUUCGUCGGGAGGAACUCGAGAUUCAGAGAAGUAAGAUCGCUCUGGAGAGGGAACGUCUGGGAGCCGAGAGAAAAGAGAGGGAACGGAGAUUUGAGCUGGAGAGCCAAGAGAGGCAGGUCAUCCUGGACCUGUUAAAAGAGAAGGUGCUGAAACGCUGACAGAGAGGAGCGAACCUGCAUCAUAGAAGUCAGCAUGACAACGUUGACUGCUAAAGGAAGCAGGAAAUGAAAAAAGUGAUAAUAGAGACAAAAGUGCAUUGAGAUUUCAAAUGAAGGACAGUGAUGUGGGAUGUGCCAUCGCCUUUGUUGGUCUCUACUGCCAAGCAAGAAAGCAAUGUGAGUGUGUGGAGGUACAUACGGUUUGUGUGUAUGGUGCUCAGAGAACCAAAAAAGACAGGAUUGCUCACAGCGUCUGCAUCAAUAUUUCAGCUGCACAGAAGCUGAUCCAUAUACAGUAGAUCCCAAUAGAAACCCCCAGUCUUACUCCUCGGGACACAGUCUGCAUGAGGAUUUGUCAUCUGAGAAAUUGAAAGCAGGAAAGGUUGUGGUGUCUUGGCUGUGGUGAACACCGCACUGGAGGAUUACCACAUACCAGGAUGGCUGCUUGCAGAAAAAGUGGAUUAGCAGCUUUUCCUGUGUGACCAACAGCAAUGUGUUUUCGUGAGUCCCAUUGACAGUGUACGGAACAUCGUUAUUUCUGGUGACAGGAUGGAAAAAAUUUAAGUUACAGUAGAAAAGCUGUAUAAUUAAACAAUUAACAUUAUAGAUGUGUUGCAGCCCAAGCUUCUGCAAACUUGUAGCAUUUACCAUAUCAAUGAUUGUAAACAUGCUUUGUUGAGCCACUCCUUUUAUUAGAAGUAAACUUUAUUUUACUGACUGUAAAUACACUGCACAUGGAGUAAUAUGCACUUUUGUACUGCUGAAGCUCACACUAAAACGGGCCGUGACAUGUGUGCCCAUAUUAUAUUGAUAUACAGACACUGUAUACUCUUUUUAAUGAAAGUAGAUUUAUAGCUAUAAUGUCACAUCUUAGGUGUGUCAAUUUAUUUUGCUACAAGAUUUGAUGUCAGCAUCUUGUUUAAUUUGCCAUAUAUAAAUACAGUUAACUGGCAUUGGCUAAUGUUGCAGUAGGGCCUAUUACGUAAACACGUUCUCAUUGACGAGAGCACUUUUAUUUACAUGUUCCACUGAUCCACAUGUUGUUUUUUCUGGUUAUGAGUUCUUAAAAAUAUGUUUUUUAUCACACAACAUUCUCUGCUGUGAUCUUCAGUAUAUUGUUCUAUUUUAAUGUUUUAAAUAUAAAUGCUUAAUUUGAGCCUCCCAAAUUAUUAUAUAUAAAAAAUAGCUAUGAGAUAAACAAAAAAACUAAAAUGAAAGAAUGCUAUUGAAACUUGUUAACCUAAUAAAGCCAGUUCCUUUAUGAAA